AUGGUCGAGUGGAUUAUGAUGUGUGUCACUACAACAUCUUAUUCCUUAUGCGUUAAUGGUAAUGUGCACGGCUACUUCAAGGGCAAACGUGGUCUUCGACAGGGUGAUCCUCUUUCGCCUUAUCUCUUUACGUUGGUGAUGGAAAUUUUGACUUGUAUUCUUCAGCAGGCUGCUCGAAUUGAUAAGUCUUUUAAGUUCCAUAAUAAAUGCGAGAAACAACGGAUUAUCAUUUUAUGCUUUGCGGAUGAUUUAUUCUUGUUUGCUAGAGGUGAUAUUAGAUCAGUUCAAUGUUUAUUGACGUCUUUGUCAAACUUUACUAAUAUGUCUGGAUUAGUCCCGAGUAUUCCAAAGAGCACGGGGUUCUUUUGUAAUGUGCCUUCUCACGUCAAAAACCAUAUUUUGAGCAUUAUGCCGUUUGUUGAAGGGUCUUUGCCGGUGAAAUACCUGGGAGUUCCUCUUAUUUCUUCAGGUCUUCUUUAUAAAGAUUGCAAGAUUCUUGUUGAAAGACUGGAUCAAAGGAUCUCCAACUGGAAGAACAAGCUUUUAUCCUUUGCGGGUAGACUUCAGCUUGUUAAUUCGGUCCUCUCGUCCAUGCAUGUUUUCUGGUCUUCCGUGUUUAUCCUCCCCAGUCGGAUUAUUCUCGAUUUGGAAGCUAAGAUGCAUAAUUUCUUAUGGUCUUCGGAUGGUUUGUUUCAUAAGGGGAAGGCUAAAGCCUCUUGGAAGUCUAUUUGUGUUCCGAAAUAUGAAGGCGGGUUAGGCAUUCGCAGGAUUGGUGAUGUUAAUAAAGCACUAAUGAUCUCUCAUAUUUGGAGCAUUCUGGUUAAACGUGAAUCCCUUUGGGUGGAGUGGGUCCACUCGUAUAGGCUAAAAGGGCAUAGCUUUUGGACGUGCAAGGCUGUAGCGACCACAUGUUGUAGUUGGAGGAAGUUAUUACAGCUUAGGCCUUUAAUCAGGAGUUAUAUUUGGUCUAACUUGGGUAAUGGAAGCAAUACCUCGGCUUGGUUUGAUUGGUGGAGCCAUUUAGGUCCGCUUGGUAAUUUCUUGACUCCAAGAAUCAUCUCAAAUGCAGGGUUUUCUAUUAAAUCCACAGUUCAGGAUAUUCGUGAUAAUGGAUCUUGGAGGUGGCCUGAGGCGUGGAGGGAUUCUUAUCCUGUCUUAAUCCAGCUUGAUAAUAUUCAGCUAGAUCCUAGCCGUUCUGAUAAGCUCUUGUGGAACGAUGGUAAUGACUUAGAUGACUACUCUUCAUCUCGGGCAUGGCAUUCUAUUAGAGAACGUGCUGAGGAAGUAGAUUGGACAAAGCUAGUAUGGUUUAACCAAUGUAAUCCCAAGCAUGCUUUUUUCAUGUGCUGGUUAGCGGCUCGUGCGUCUUCAAAGUCAGCUAUUAACUACAUCAGUCGGCUCAUAGUUGCAGCUUCGAUCUACUUUGUCUGGCAGGAACGAAAUGCAAGAAUAUUCAAGAACCAGACGAGACCUCCAGAUGUCCUGAGUGACUUAAUCGUGCAGACAGUUCGAUAUAAGCUAAUGGGAGUUAAGUUUAAGGAGAGCUCUAAUGUUCGAAGAUUGCUGGAAGCUUGGGGGAUUCACUCAUCACGGAUGGAAGAUGAUGGAGGCUGA